UAUCCGAUAUAUACUGCAGUACGCAAAAAAAUUUGUUUUUGUUUUUAAAAUAUAAACUUACGACAUCUACAAAUGGUGACCUCAGUGCUACCUAGAGUAGAAAGCUUGGCAAGCAGUGGGAUUCAAUCAAUCCCGAAAGAAUAUAUCAGGCCUCAAGAAGAGCUUACAAGCAUAGGUAACGUGUUUGAAGAAGAGAAAAAAGAGGAAGGGCCUCAGGUUCCGACCAUCGAUUUGACAGAAAUCGAGUCGGAGGACAAAGAGGUCCGGGAAAGAUGUCGGCAGGAGCUGAAAAAUGCUGCCAUGGAAUGGGGUGUGAUGCACCUUGUUAACCAUGGCAUCUCCGAGGAGCUCAUGGAUCGUGUUAGGAAAGUUGGGCAGAAAUUCUUUGAACUCCCUGUGGAGGAGAAAGAGAAGUAUGCCAACGACCAGAGCUCUGGGAAUGUUCAGGGCUAUGGUAGCAAGCUUGCUAACAAUGCUAGUGGGCAGCUUGAGUGGGAGGACUACUUCUUCCAUCUUAUUUUUCCUGAGGAUAAGAGAGACUUGUCAAUUUGGCCUAAAAUCCCCAGCGAGUACACUGAAGUUACAAGUGAGUAUGCAAGGCAACUGCGAGGCCUAGCGAGCAAAAUACUUUCAGCACUAUCAAUUUGCUUGGGAUUAGAAGAAGGAAGGCUAGAGAAGGAAGUUGGUGGCCUGGAAGAGCUUCUUCUUCAAUUGAAAAUCAAUUACUACCCCAAGUGUCCACAACCAGAACUCGCUCUCGGUGUCGAAGCUCACACCGAUAUAAGUGCACUCACUUUCAUUCUCCACAACAUGGUUCCUGGCCUCCAACUCUUUUACCAAGGCAAGUGGGUGACCGCUAAAUGUGUUCCCAACUCCAUCAUCAUGCACAUUGGAGACACCAUCGAGAUCCUCAGCAAUGGAAAGUUCAAGAGCAUUCUCCACAGGGGUCUGGUUAAUAAGGAGAAGGUUAGGAUCUCAUGGGCAGUUUUCUGUGAGCCACCGAAGGAUAAGAUCAUCCUUAAGCCACUCCCGGAGACUGUCUCUGAGACCGACCCUCCACUGUUCCCUCCUCGUACCUUUGCUCAGCAUAUCGAGCAUAAGCUGUUCAGGAAGACCCAGGAUAAUCUGUCCAACUGAAACUAGUAUUUUUAUUUGUCGCGAUAACCUAUUUCUUUCUGUACUCUGAUGAAUGCUAUAUUUCGUUGGGGGGUUAAACCCUUGGUUGUGGCGUCUGUCUCCACUCCUUGGCUCCUCUUUACCUGUUUUAUUUGAAUAAUGAGAACUGAUUUGGUUCUUUUAUUAA